AUGUGAAGAACAAUAGAAUUAAAACGAUUUCUAACUAAGCAAUGCCACAACAUAUGCACCCAAGCAGAGCAAUAUUAACAACGAAAACGUAACAACUUGUCACACAACCGAAAAUGGCUUUUCUCGGCGACUGUGUAAUUGUGUUCGUCUCCCAGAUGCUGUUCUUUGCCGGCGGCUGGCUAUUUUUUAACAAGCAGCUCUUCAAGCACUAUGAGAUACGUCACAUCUCCGUGCAGUUGAUAUUCUCCUCAACAUUCGCCCUUUCCAUCACAAUGUUUGAGCUGAUCAUCUUCGAAAUCAUUGGCGUACUGGAGUCUAGCUCCCGGUAUUUCCACUGGCGUCUCGGAUUGACGCUGCUGCUGUUCAUGGUGACAGCGGUGAUACCCGUCUACAUCUGCUACUCUGUGAUACACAGCAUUUCCUUCUUUUCUGACAGAUGGGUGCGCAUUUUGACCACUCUCUGCUGGUUUAUCUUCCUGUACGGUCUCUGGCGCAUUGGUGAACCCUUCCCACUGCUUAGCGCCUCGCAUGGCAUAUUCACCAUCGAGCAGGGAGUGUCACGGAUCAGUGUCAUUGGCGUCACAGUCAUGGCCAUACUAUCCGGCUUCGGUGCUGUCAAUUAUCCAUACACUAGCAUGACCUAUUUCAUUAAGCCCGUUUCGCGCAAUGACAUCAUGUGCUUUGAGCGACGUCUCGCUCUGACUGUGGACAUGCUGACGGCCAAAAAGCGACGCAUUGCAAUGGCCCUCUAUAAUCAUAAUAAACAGCAUCCUGCCAAGCCAAGAAUUUGGGAUAUGUUGACAUCAGCAGUGCACCGCACAACAAGCGGUGGGGAGGACAUCAAUCAGUUGAAGCAGGAAGUGUACGGUUUGGAGGAGCUGCAACGUUCGGUGUUUCUUGAGCUGAGCUCACUCAAAAAUAUGGAGGAGCGCCAACGUUGGUCACAAACGCUGCAGGGCAAAUACUUUAAUGUUAUCGGACAUUUCUUCAGUGUCUACUGCGUUUAUAAGAUAAUUAUGUGUUGCAUUAAUAUUAUCUUCGAUCGCGUUGGUCGCAAGGAUCCAGUGACGCGUGGCUUGGAAAUUGCCGUGCACUGGUGCGGCUUUGAUAUUGAUUUGGCAUUCUGGAAUCAGCACAUUUCCUUUCUGCUCGUCGGCUGCAUUGUGGUCACCUCCAUUCGCGGCCUGCUGCUCACACUCACAAAGUUCUUUUAUCGCAUUUCAUCGAGCAAAUCGAGCAACAUUAUAGUGUUGAUUUUGGGUCAAAUUAUGGGCAUGUACUUCUGCUCAUCAGUCCUGCUGAUGCGUAUGAAUAUGCCGGCUGAGUAUCGUGUGAUCAUCACUGAGGUGCUUGGAAAUUUGCACUUCAAUUUCUAUCAUCGUUGGUUCGAUGUUAUAUUCCUGGUCAGCGCCCUGACUACCAUUAUCGUAUUGUAUUUGUCCCGCAAGCCAGUUCGUGUCGAGGAUACUGAGAUACAAAAAUGAGAGAAUAGAGAUCAUGAAAUUGUAAGAUAGAUAAUCUAGGCACAAUUGAUUAAGAAUCAGUUUAAAUAUCACAAUUAAUGCAAGCUUUAAGUUAUACAGAUUAUAUAGAUAUAUAUUAAUGCGUGUAUACGCUAGUGUGUGUGCGUAUGUUUAACUUAUUAUCUAUUAUAUAUAUAUAUAGCACCAAAAUCAAAGUAAUGUCAGCUUAAGUAACGAACUGUUUAAAAUCAUGUAAAAAUAACUGUUUGUUCUUAAGGUUUUAUUCCGUGAUUAAAGCUCUCAAAUAGCGUACCCAG